AUGGGGACAGAUGUGCUCCUGCAGCUGUUCAGCGGCACAACCGGACUGGCACCCCCCCUGGCCAGAGCUGGGCUGUCCAUCCUUAUGGCAGUGCGGCUGGCAGCCCUGGCCGUGGGCACCAGAAGCCUUUGGCGGGACGAGAUGGGGGACCUGAUCUGCAACUCCACCGCCAGCUGCCGCCUGGUCUGCUUCGACGCCUCUUUCCCGGUCUCGCCCUUCACCCUCUUCCUGCUGCAGGCGGCUUUCGUCUCUGCGCACGGCUUGGCUUGCUCGUUCUUGUGGCGCCCGCCCGACAGCCAGGGCAAGGGAUGGCUCUGCAGGAAAACCCAACAGCUCCGGCUCCACGUGCUGGCUGUCCUGGCCCGGAUGCUCCUGGAAGGCAUCUUCCUCGUGACGUUCCACGCCCUCUACGGCCACUACCCGCAGCUCUUGCGCUGCCCUGCUUCGAAGCUGUGCCCCAACAUUGUCGUGUGCGCCAUCCAGAACGCCCGGUGGAAAGAUGCCUUUGACUUCUUCAUGGCCGGCACAUCCUGGACCGCCGUGGCCAUUUGCCUGACGGUACUCUACCCUGCCAUAGCAGAAAUCUUCCAACUUACAUUGGGGCCUACGAAGAGGCAAGUGGGACGUUCCCUUUUAGUAGAAUGUGCUUGA